UACCGAAGUUCUUAAAGUUUGUAGCUUUGGUGUGCUACUAAUUGUCUCAGAGAGCAUUUCUUGGAGUUCCUGAUGGUUUUGCCUAGAAACUCUUUUCUUGGGAAUGAUGGUGGGGAUAGGUUGGGAGUUCUGGUUCAAGGGUCCAAGAGAAAAUUAACGUUUAAGAGUGCUGCUAGAGAUGUGAUGAAAGGGCUUUCCUUGAAUGAAAUUAUGCUUGGCAUGGAACCAUUUCUUCGAAAAGUGGUGCGGGAGGAAGUGGAUCGUGCAAUUCUGCCAUUCCUUAACUCAUCUCCAACUCCAAGGCCGCUUAAUCAGAUCGAGCAAGCCAGAGGAAGAGGAUUGUGCUUGCAAUUCAUCGGUAAAUUGCCCUCUACCAUAUUUACAGGCAGCAGAGUUGAAGCAGAGGAUGGCACACGCCUUCAGAUUGCUUUAUUUGAUGCCACUAAUGAGACUGUUGUCUCAUUUGGUCCCUUCUCUUCAAUUAAACUUGAGAUUGUUGCCCUUGAUGGUGAUUUUGGUGCUGAUGAGCAAGAAGAUUGGACAGAAAAUAAAUUCAAUGCCCGUGUGCUUCGUGAAAGAGAAGGCAAAAGGCCAUUGGUGACUGGCGAGCUCAAUGUUACCCUGAAAGAUGGAAUAGGUACACUUGGUGAUGUGUUCUUCACUGACAACUCUAGCUGGAUAAAAUGUAGAAAAUUCAGGUUAGGAGCCAGAAUCUUGCAAAGAAUUUCUGGUGAGGUGACAAUUAGGGAAGCUAGGACUGAAGCGUUCGUGGUCAAGGAUCAUCGUGGAGAGGCGUACAAGAAACACUACCCUCCAUACCACACUGAUGAAGUGUGGCGUUUGGAAAGAAUUGCCAAAGAUGGUGCUUUUCAUAAGCGGUUGGCUGAUGAAAAGGUUAAAACUGUGAAGGACUUCCUACGAUUGAAUGCAACAGAUCCAAACACUCUACGCAAUAUGCUUGGUGGUGGGAUCUCUAACAGGAUAUGGGACGCAAUAAUAGAUCAUGCAACAACUUGUGUUCUAGAUGAUGAUGAGCUGUACGCUUAUCAUGGAGUUGCCCAAAGGGUUGUACUUCUCUUGAAUUCCAUCUACAAGGUUGUAGCAGCAUCAUUUGAUGGCCAAAAUUUUCUGCCUCUGGAAGAACUAACCUUAACUCAGAAGCUUUUGGUAGAUGAAGUGAAACGCCAAGCUUACAAAAAUAUUCAUGAGUUUAUCUUUGUUGAUCGGCGUGCAAUUAUGGGCCCUUCAAGACCCUUGACAACUUUGCAAUUUGAGCCAUCUAACAGUCCAAAUUUGGGGCCACAGGAACUUGAUUUCUCAGUUGCACUCCAAGGUGAACCUGAAAUGCAGCUGGCUUUUAGCCAGUCACCAAAUUCAGCAUCAUACACCUAUGAAUCAGAAGGUUCCCACCAAUUACAAGCAUUCAAUCCAACAUUGAGAAAUAGUUUCACAAAGAAGCAUCUCUUUCCCAUUCCUUACAAUGGAGAAAACGGUUGGUCUCAAACUUUUCUGCCAGCAUCUGUCAUUCCGGGUACUCAUUUAGCCAAUGAUGACAUUUCUCAAAUGCCAAACUGGUCUCUGGUUAACACACCAUGGGACCUAGGUAAUGGCUUUUGCAAUGAAUCGCAUUAUGAAAUCCCUCUCCUGAUUUCUAAAUCCCGGGCAGGCUGGUGUAAGAUCCGAGCUGCCUUUAAGAUCCGAGCUGCCUUUAAGUGGAUGUCGGUAGGGCGGGAUGGAGCUGCCAAAAAAUUGGCAAUGGGAAGCGCUGUCUGUAUGUAGGUUUCCAGGUUCCAGAAUUUCAACAUCUCAACAGCUCAUAAUCAUUGAGGAGGCAGAAGUCUCCCAAGAUGCAUAGCUGUAGUCUUGUUGAAUUUCUGCAAGUAGGUAGAUUACUUUAAGCCAUCUCCUCCUAAGUCCUAGGAGGCAAGUUUCUUCUUAGGGUCUGGCAGCUUAUAUUUGUAGCUCGUGGGUUUUCAUGUGCCAAAGGCUUUGUCUAGAUUAGUACAACAUCAAGAGUCAAUCUUUCUCGUAUGUGUGUUUCAGCUCAUCCCUUGUAAAAAUUGCAGCUGGGUUUUAUUGUACAUGGUGUUUAAAUAACUUGUAUAAUUAUGUCAAGCUACUCCAUUUCGUCUCUCCUUGUUCAAAUACAGUUGCGUUUUGUAUAUGUUCUCAUUUUCCCCAAAUUUAGGAAAUGAAACUUAUUGAUUAUG